AUGCCCAGCCAAUCUCAACGAGACCGACCCGAAAGACGCGACCGGGAUCGGGAUCGGGAUCGCGAACGCACACGCGAGCAAGAGCGCUCGCGUCGCCGAGACCGGGACCGCGAGUACACCCGCGGCCGCUACGAGGACGUCGACGAAGGCGCAACAUCUAGCCCUGGCAACGCCCGCACGGCGAAAUACCGUUUCCGUGGGGAAUCGGGGUACGAGUCGAAUACGCAUAAUGAGCGUGACGAUUAUGACGAGGAGCGGGAGCGGCGUAGAGAACGGAGGCGCAGACAGAGGGAGGAGGAGGAAGAUGAGGCUGCUGGUCUUGUCUAUGGGGAGUCUGGGGAGGGGAGGAGACGAGAACGGGAGAGGGGGAGUUCGAGGGUGAAGGACUCGCCUGCUGCAUCGCCUACUAAACGCCGGGAUCGGGAGAGGAGGUAUCGCAGGGAGGAGAGUGCGAGUGCGAGUCCUGCUAGAGACAGACGGACGAGGGAUGUUGAUGUUGAUAUUGAGGCCGAGGCACGGAGGCGCAGACGGCGUGAGCGUGAGCGCGAAAGAGAAAGAGAAAGAGAAAGAGAGCGCGAGCGGGAACUCGAUGCUGCUGCUGCUGCGGCACCGGCGAGGAAACAUCGCAGUACCGAGUCUUCGAGUAGUGCUGCGCAUCUCUUGAGUGUGGAUGCUAUGGCGCGUCUUGCUGCCGAGCACGAAGAUGCGGAUCGCGUGGAACGGUCUCGCGAAGAAGAUGAUUCGCGUCGGGAACGUCGACGACAGCGGAAGCGAGCUGCUUUGGAUGCUGCUGCUGGUGCGGCGCUUGGUGCUGGGGUUGCGGAGGGUCGCUCACGCCAUAAAGCGGGCGCGCGAGUUGUGUCUGGUGCUUAUUUGGAGGAAGGACAUAGCUCUGAUGCUCGGGUUCGUCGUCGUGGCGGUGGUGGACCUGCUGUGGAAGAUCAUUGGAAAGAUGAAGAUAGCUGGGAAGGCAGCUUGGAGAGCCGUGGAGGACCACCGGCUUGGAAAUUCUGGUCUAAUUGGUCAAGAAAGAAGCGUAUUUUGAUCGGAUUUCUGCUGGUACUCCUCCUCCUGCUUGCUAUCAUCAUCCCGGUUGCAAUUGUUGUGUCAAAAAAGAAAGGCUCAGAUCCGAAACCAAGUUCCUCGGACUCUAGUGGUGGUAGUUCUACUACCUCUAAUUUGGGCAGUAUCAGCCGCGAUAGCAUACCGAGUUACGCCAAAGGCACCUUCUUGGAUCCAUUUACGUGGUACGAAACUGAAGGGUUCAACCUCACUUUCACAAAUGCCACUGUGGGUGGUCUUUCCGUCAUGGGCAUCAACUCAACUUGGGAUGACUCUGCCCAGGUGAACGACAAUGUGCCUCCUCUUAACAAGGCCUUCCCUUACGGCACACAACCAAUUCGUGGAGUCAAUAUAGGCGGAUGGCUGUCUAUUGAACCCUUCAUUGUCCCAUCCCUGUUCAGCAAGUGGCCAUCCAGCGCCAGUAUCAUCGACGAGUACACCUUGACUAAAAAGCUUGGAACCUCUGCGGCGGCUACGAUUGAGCAACACUACGCCGAAUUCAUCACAGAGUCAGAUAUAAAAGAGAUCAAGGAAGCCGGACUGGAUCAUGUCCGCAUCCCAUACUCCUACUGGGCUGUGACUACUUACGAUGACGACCCAUACGUCCCCAAGAUUGCAUGGCGCUAUCUCCUACGUGCAAUCGAGUGGUGUCGCAAGUAUGGAAUACGGGUCAAACUCGACCUCCACGGACUCCCUGGUAGUCAAAACGGCUGGAACCACAGUGGCCGACAGGGAAGCAUCGACUGGUUGACCGGCACAGACGGUGCUCUCAACCGUAAGCGGUCACUUGAGAUUCACGAUCAACUCUCACAAUUCUUUGCGCAAGAUCGGUAUAAGAACGUGGUGACAAUUUACGGUCUGGCAAACGAACCGUUGAUGCUGUCCCUGCCCGUCGAGAAGGUCUUAAAUUGGACCCAGGAGGCAGCAGAACUCGUCCGCAAAAAUGGUAUCACUGCCACUCUUGUCCUGCAUGAUGGUUUCUUGAAUCUCGCCAAGUGGGACGACAUGUUCAAAACUCACCCCGACAACAUGUACCUCGACACCCACCAAUACACAACUUUCAACACUGGCGAGAUCGUGUUGAACCACACUGCUAAAGUCAACAUUAUCUGCAAUAACUGGCAACCCAUGAUCAAGGAGAUCAACACGACAAGUUCUGGGUGGGGUCCCACCAUUUGCGGCGAAUGGUCACAGGCAGACACGGACUGCGCACAGUAUGUGAACAAUGUCGGCCGAGGCACCCGAUGGGAAGGAACAUACGAUACCAGUUCCACGACGGCAUAUUGCCCAACAGCGGCCGAAGGAACAUGCAGCUGCGCAGAUGCGAACGAGGACCCAUCCCAGUAUUCGACUACCUACAAGAAGUUCCUACAGACAUAUGCCGAGGCACAGAUGUCUGCCUUCGAAACGGCGAUGGGAUGGUUCUACUGGACCUGGCGGACAGAAUCCGCUGCGCAGUGGAGUUACCGCACAGCAUGGAAGAAUGGAUAUAUGCCAAGCAAGGCAUAUAGUCCUUCAUUUAAGUGCGGAGAUACAGUGCCAGACUUUACCGACACAGCGGAAAAUUUCUGA